ACUCCCUCCUGAGCCACAGAAGCAAAUGGAGCUCCUGGGAGCAGGCACUGUUGUCCUCCUGGUUUGCAUUGCUUGUCUGCUCUCUGUUGCAGCAUGGAGACGGAGGUCUGGAAAGGGAAAGAUGCCUCCAGGACCAGCUCCCCUUCCCAUCCUAGGUAACGUGCUGCAGGUGAAACCAAAGCACUUGGCCAAAACCCUCCAGAAGCUCAGUGAAGAGUAUGGACCAGUGUUCACAGUGCACCUGGGCUCUGACCCAGUGGUGGUGCUGCACGGACAUGAUGUGGUGAAAGAAGCCUUGGUUGAUCGCGCAGAUGAGUUUGCUGCCAGAGGACACAUGCCAAUAGGAGACAGGGCUAACAAUGGGUUAGGGAUUAUUUUUAGCAACAACAAGGAGUGGUUAGAGGUCCGGCGGUUUGCUCUCAGCACUCUGCGCAACUUUGGAAUGGGGAAGAGGAGCAUUGAAGAGAGGAUCCAGGAGGAAACCGAGUACUUGCUGGAAGAGAUCAACAAAACAAAGGGAACACCUUUUGACCCAACCUUUACGCUGGGCUGUGCUGUCUCCAAUGUCAUAUGCUCCAUCGUCUUCGGAAAACGAUAUGACUACAAAGACAAGAAGUUCCUGGCCCUGAUGACCAACAUGAACAACAUCUUUGAGAUGAUGAACUCCCACUGGGGACAGCUCUACCAGAUGUUCUCAAGGAUCCUGGAUUACUUGCCUGGCCCACACAACAAAAUAUUCGACGAAUUCGAUGCUCUAAAAGCCUUUGUGUCAGAGGAGGUAAAGAUACACCAAGCCUCCCUGGAUCCCAGCUCCCCUCAGGAUUUCAUUGACUGCUUCCUCAGCAAAAUGCAGGAGGAGAAAGAACAUCCCAAUUCCAGUUUCCACAUGAAGAACCUGAUAACCAGCACCUUCGACUUGUUCAUUGCCGGAACUGAGUCAACUAGCACCACCAUAAGAUACGGGCUUCUGCUUCUUCUUAAAUACCCAAAGAUACAAGAGAAAGUUCAAGAAGAGAUUGACUGGGUAGUAGGACGAUCACGAAGACCUUGUGUGGCUGACCGGACCCAGAUGCCCUACACAGAUGCGGUGGUCCAUGAAAUCCAGCGCUUCAUCUCCCUCGUCCCUGUGGGUCUCCCUCACACUGUGACCAAAGACACCUACUUCAGAGAGUACGUAAUUCCCAAGGGCACCACAAUCUUUCCCAUCCUCAGUUCUGUCCUCCAUGACAGUAAAGAGUUUCCGAAUGCAAAUGAGUUCAACCCUGGACAUUUCUUGAACAAGAAUGGCACCUUUAGGAAGAGCGAGUUCUUCAUGCCCUUCUCAGCAGGGAAGCGCAUAUGCCCUGGAGAGGGCCUGGCACGCAUGGAGAUAUUCCUGAUCACGGCCACCAUCUUGCAGAACUUUACCUUGAAGCCUGUUGUCAAUCCUCAGGAACUCAACAUAACCCCAACACUGAGUGGGACAGGCAAUGUACCUCCUGCCUACCAGCUCUGUGCUCUGCCCCGCUGAAAAGCACAAAAACUCUCUCCACAGUGUCCUGAACCUGGCAACGCCUUUUUAUCUCCCUUGCUGAAACCAACAGCAGGAGCAUUGGCCCACCUUCCCAAGGCCUCCAGGAAAGCAGCCCAAACACAGGUGCGUGCACAGAGCAGACACCUUCAAAGCCUCCCAGAACUGCUCCAGCACAUCACAGGGAGGGCAGGGGAACAUUACAGCCUGCUGUACUGACACAGGCUCAUUGAGCGCAGCGGCCGCGUCAGACAGCUCACAAACAGGGCUCCCACGGCUGCCCGUGACCUGCUUCCCCUGCAGCACGUGUCCCAUCAAGAGCAGCAUGCUUUGCAGACGGACAGUGCUGCAUGCGUGUACAUUAACAACCCAAUAAAGAAAAACAUAUUUAUGAGGA